AAUGGCUUCCGUGUGGAGCAAAACAGGAACCGUGUGUCUGUCUUGACUUCUUCUUCUUCUUCUUCUUCUUGACCAUCAUCCUCUGUCAUUAACUUGUGAAUAAGACAGAAAACAAUGGCUGCGUCUAACUACUCGCUGAAGGUGAACAGAAACCUCCUGGACCCCAACUUUGAAAGCUACAGGUUAUCUCUGGACGCCACGCCGACGUACAACGUUGAGCUGGACGCAGCUGUGGAGGAGGUCAAGCUGAAGGAUACGAAUUACACCCUGGAACAUAUGCGCGCUUUCGGCAUGUACAACUACCUGCACCUGGACCCUUGGUACGAGGACAGUGUUUUGUUUGUGGACUGCAAAGGACGGGUCCUCAACCUCACUGUCACUCUGGACACGGCCCUGGGGAAGCCCAGAGAGGUUUACCGCAUAAACACCGAGUCCAGCCCGUGCGACGAGCGCCUCUGCGCCUCCCUCAGCCUCACCUCGGCCACCUGGGCGGCUCUGUCCGACGGCAGCGGCCGGCUCUACCUGCUCCGCACCGGCAAGAGGGGAGACGGCGCCCACGUGAAGUGGGAGCCUCUGUUCACUGAAGACACGGGGGAGCCCUUCACCGUCCUCCACAGCAGCUCCCACGUGGAGGGCGGCGUCCACAGCGUGGAGGUCCUGCUGCUCCGCAUCCAGAAGGACCCGCAGGAAACCAAAGGCAGCGGCUUCUCCGUGUCUCUGGAGUGGAUCACGGUCGCCAACACUGCAGGACCCGGUCAGGAGAAGAAGUACGAGGUGAAGAAGAGGAGGGUCCUGAGGGGGAAGUCGGUGCCUCACUACGCGGCGGUGGAGCCUCAGGGGAAGGGGCUGAUGGUGGCGUCGGAGAAGCCGUUCAGCUUCACGCACGUGGACGGCCGACCCGUGGAGCAGCCCGAGCCCGAGCCCAUGGAGGUGGAGAAGGCGGAUCCCAUUUACUUUUGGCAGCAGACGGCAGAGGACAUCACGGUGUGCGUGCGCAUGCCCGAGGGCGUCACCAAAGAGGAGGUGCAGUUCAGGCUGACGGCGGACAACAUGACCCUCGGGGUUCGGGGGUUCCCUCCCUUGCUGGGGGGUCAGCUGUAUGCGUCCGUAGACCCUGAGGCCAGCGCCUGGAUCAUCAAGAACGAUAAAAGUCUGGAGGUGACGCUGCAGAAACGUAGCGAGGGACCAAUGUGGCAGGAGCUGGUGUUGGGAGACAGGAGAGGGGAGUACGUGAUGAGCGAUGAGCAGGCCGCCCUCAUCCACGAGAGACUGACCCACCUCACGUCUGAAGACCUGAAUGGAAACGCUGACAGAGACAAGCCCCCUUGUAACUCUCAGGAGCUGGAGGACUGUGACGGGUUUCCAGAAGACAGCUCCAGCCUCACUCACUUUGAUGGAGAAUCACUUAAGCCCACUCAGGUGGUGAAUCUCGGGAGCCACCAGUACCUGUUCACAGUGGACGUGGAUCCGUCUCAAAUGCCGUGCCUCUGCCUCCGACACGACGUGGACGCUCUGGUGUGGCAGCCUCGUCCCGACCAACCCGGGAACAUGUGGGAGCACGUCGCCACGUUUAACGCCCUGGGCUACGUCCAGGCGUCCAAGCGGGACAAGAAGUUUGCCACCUGCGCCCCCAACUUCUCCUACGCCUCCCUGUGCGAGUGUCUCCGCCGCGCGUUCAUCUACCGGCAGCCGUCGCCGGUGGAGACCGUCCUCUUCAACAGGAAGCAGGGCCGCCAGGUGGGACAGGUUGCCAAGCAACAGGUGGCGAGCCUGGACUCGGAUAAACCGAUCCUGGGCUUCAGGGCGACCAACGAGAGACUGUACAUCCUGACCUCCAGCAAUCUCUUUGUUCUAAAGGUCAAUAAUAAUUAGAUUUGGGACUUUGUUAGUUUCAGAUUUUCCUCCAAGAGGCGACGUCAUUCCAAAGUGAAGCUCUAGAAAAAAAACUAGAGAUGAGCUGCUUUAGUGCUUCACCUGUCUGUGUUGAAACCUCCCCCCCUGUAAGUGAAGAACCAUGUUAAGAAAGACUGACAAUAAAUGUUUCCUGGAAUCGA